GAAGAUAAAUUUGACAGUGACAUUUAAUUACUACACGAUUUUUUUAAUAAAGUUAAUGUUGAUAUAAUUUUUGGGCUCAUUGUACCACCUUAAACUAACGAUUAAGAAAUUAUGAUUGGCUAGUGACAAGUUGGUGGACCCAUCACCAAAGGGUAAAAUUCAAUACAAGAUUAUGAUUGUUUACCUCUCCCAAAGACAAUAUUCUAAAAAAUGUUCAGAAGCAGGAGCUGGUUUGGUGGAGGAUGGGGGAGACCCAAAAAUUUACAUUCUUUAGAACAUUUGAAAUAUUUAUAUAAUGUAUUAUCGAGAAAUCAAACAGUUUCAGAACAUAAUAGGGGGUUACUAGUAGAGUCUCUUAGAUCUAUUGCAGAAAUCCUGAUCUGGGGGGAUCAGAAUGAUUCUUCUGUAUUUGAUUUCUUUUUGGAAAAAAACAUGUUAUCAUUUUUUUUGAGAAUCAUGCGCCAAAGGAGUGGAGGCUCAAGUUAUGUUUGUGUACAACUUUUGCAAACUCUUAAUAUUUUAUUUGAAAACAUAAGAAAUGAAACGUCACUAUAUUAUUUGUUAUCUAACAAUCACGUAAAUUCAAUAAUUGUACACAAGUUUGAUUUUUCCGAUGAAGAAGUGAUGGCAUACUACAUAUCUUUUUUGAAAACGCUUAGUUUGAAAUUAAAUGCACACACCAUACAUUUUUUUUACAAUGAGCACACAAACGAUUUCCCAUUAUAUACAGAAGCUAUAAAAUUUUUUAAUCACCCCGAAUCUAUGGUAAGGAUAGCUGUAAGGACAUUAACGUUAAAUGUUUACAAAGUUGAAGACGCCAGCAUGUUGGCAUUCAUCAGAGAUAGAACUGCCGCUCCAUACUUUUCUAAUAUAGUAUGGUUUAUUGGAAAACAUAUACAAGAACUGGAUUCUUGUGUUAGAAAUGACGCUGAUCAUCAAUCACAGAAUCGUUUAUCUGAUUUAGUAGCAGAACAUUUGGACCACUUGCAUUAUUUAAACGAUAUAUUAUGCUUGAACAUAACCGAUUUGAAUCACGUUUUGACUGACCAUUUAUUACACAAAUUGCUCAUCCCUUUGUACAUAUAUUCCCUAUCUUCGAAUAGAAGGAGAACGUCCUCCGGCGAAGUUGGAAUACAAGGACUUAAUAAAAUUUCUUCAACUCCUAAAAGUUCCCAAAAUAGCAGUCCUAAGCUUCACGAUUUAUCAAACGGAAAAGUGUCUUGUGUAGUAGCUCUAUUUCUAUUAUCACAGGUGUUCCUAAUAUUAUCUCAUUCGCCUUUAGUUCAAACCCUUGCUUGGAUAAUAUUAAAAACGGAUAGACAAAUAUUCGAGAACGGAGUCGAUAAACUAUUGGAACAUUAUGAAAAAUUGAAAGAAAAACAAAAUUUAGAAGACGAAGCAAUGGGUAGUGUUAAUAAUAGCGAUAGAGAAAGCACCGGUUCGAAAGAGAAUAUAGUAGAUGAACAAACUAGUAUAAAUAUCACUGACGAGGAGAAACAAAGAAUGGUACCUCCUUCAGAUGUUGCCGGAGUAUCGAAUUUCCCAUUUUUGGAAACAGUAUAUGAAGCUCUUGAUAGUACAGAAAACGAUUACGCUGCCCUUUUUGCUCUUUGUUUAUUAUAUGCCAUGUCAAGUAACGAAGGAAUAACACCCGAUAUCACAGAACAAGUGUUGAGACCAAAGAAAUCGUUCGUUUCCAAAUCUUCGACUACUUCGAAGGACGUUCGUUAUACUUACAACAAUUAUUUAGUCGAAAAAAUGUUGCACAUAAUAAUUUUGUCCUGUCAGUCAUCUUGUAGGGUGCGUCUUGUAACCCUUGAGCUGGCGUUAAAACUGUUCGUACAAUUAACGAUAUGCGAUGGUAAAACUGUGCUAUCCGAACCCCAUAAGAACAUGAUAGAGACAGCUAGGGUGCAAAGUAUGGCGCUUUUAAGGAAUUUUUAUAAAAGCGAGGAAAUAUUUCUCGAUAUGUUCGAACACGAAUACUGUGAUAUGUCGAAAGGUUCUCUGAACGUUGAAUGGUUGUGUAUGGAUAGUGCAAUUUUACUACCACCUACCGGUACCCCCAUGACGGGGAUAGAUUUUACCAAACGGUUACCGUGCGGUGAGGUUGAACGUGCUAGAAGGGCAAUUCGGGUAUAUUUCCUAGUAAGGAAUUUGGUGCUAACCUUAAACGGAGAAAUAGAAACUCAAUUACCUUUGACGAACCCUCAGAGCUGCGUUCAGAUCGAUCAAGCUUUGGACCUGAGUAUAACUCGUUAUAAUUCUGACUUGAUCGCCUGUACUAUAGUUUACAAAGAUGGUACGAAAAUGCGACGUUUUUUGGUCAUAGAUAUCCUCCAAUUGAUACUAGUAGAACCUGACACCAAAAGAUUAGGAUGGGGUGUAGCUAAAUUAGUAGGAUUCCUUCAGGAUAUAGAAGUAACGGGGGAUAAAGAUGACUCCAGAUGUUUGCAUAUUACUAUCCAUAGACCGAUAUCUGGUGCCAGUACAAACAGAAUACCUCUUUUGAAUGCUAAAUUCCUUUUCGAUGAUAAUAUCCGUUGUAUGGCUGCUAAACAACGUCUAACAAAGGGUAGAAUAAAAGCGCGACAGAAAAAAAUGCAGCACAUAGCUCGACUGCUCGAAAUUCCAGGUCAAUCGGGGCCUCCGAGUCCGGCUUUUGCAGGACAAGGUGGUACCUACACCCGUUCAUCAGUUAGACCAACUAGAUUAGAAAAUCGAGUGUUAUUCAAUAUGAGUAGGGGACCAGGAUUCGCUGCUCCUCGCAGGGAAAGUUCGCCAGGUGUGAUACACAGAACUGACGAAUCGAUUAGAAGACAUAGAGAUAGCGAAAGUCCCAGUAGGAGUAGUUCGAAAGAAAUUUUAAAAAAGGAUAUUAAACAGCGAGAUAAUUCGGUAAAUAGGAUAAGAUCAAGGGAAGGAUCGCCGAGGAUGCCUAGACCGAGAUCGGAAGAAAUUCCACUAGAAUUGAUAAAGAAGCCUAAUUCGAUUAUUGAUAUGGCGCCUAAGAUUACGAUAAUACCCAGACCUCAAACGCCUAGAACUGUGAUUGAAUCUGAACCCACCACUUCGAACGAUCAUUCCGUAAUUGUACCGCAGAAAGAAGUAAUGAAAACUCGAGUUUCGAGGGAAACUUCUUUUAUGGAUGAAGAAAAUGAAGAUGGUAACGAAGAAAGUGUAUAGAAACAAUUUUUUUGCAACAAUUUCUAUGCUUUGGCAGCAGAUUAGAUGUACAGUGUUUUAUUAAAUUUGUAUAUAAAGAAAAUAUAUUAUUAUUAAGGUGA